AUGAUUGGUGUGCUUAUAAGCGCAAUAGUGGUGUGUUCAGUGUCAUGGGUGUACCUGCGUUGGAGAAGCGUGAAACAAUAUUGGGCAGAGCGUGGAGUACCAUUUCUACCCCCACAUCCAAUAUGGGGAAGCUUGACAUUCUUACUUAAAAAGAACCCGGGCACAUGGAUGAUCGAAAUGUAUCAGCGGUUCCCUAAAGCACCCCUCAUCGGGAUCUGGCUGUUCUGGAGACCAGCUCUGAUCAUCAACUCACCGGAAUUGGCGAAACGAAUCCUCCUGAAGGACAACUACGUGUUUAGGGAUAGGUUUUUGAGUGGUGGAAAGCACGAUCCUAUUGGCUCGCUUAACAUAUUGACAACUAAUGAUCCUUUAUGGGCGGUAGUUCGUCGUCGGAUUUCAUCAAUUUUCACUGGAUCUAAAUUAAGAGCUUUACAACCUCUAGUCGACACAAAGACCAGCCAGUUGAUAACUCGGAUCAAAAACACCGAAGAUUACAGCAAACUCAAUUUGAGAAAUUUGUUUGCGGACUACUCCACGGAUGUAUUUGGAACAGCUGCGUUUGGCGUUGAGACACACGCUGUACGCACCGGAGAGGAUCCAAUGAGGAAUGUUACAGAGGCCUUUAUGACUUUUGAUUGGUUAAGAGGCCUAGGCUGGAGCUGCAUUUUCUUCUUCCCAGAGAUGACUAAAUUAUUCAAAUUUACGUUGUUCCCAAAAUGGUCGACAGAGUACUUUAAAAAAAUAUUUGCUAUUGUCGUUGAACAGCGAAAAGACAAGGUCAUAAAAGACCCUAAGGACCUGGUAGACGCUUUACUGAAAAUGAAGCAAGAUGGGCCAGUAAUAGAUGGAGUAGAAAUCACUGACGAUGUAGUCGUGUCAAAUGCGGCAACAAUGCUUCUAGGAGGGUUUGAAACAUCAGGUUCUGCACUCACUUUUACGUUGUACCAUUUGGCAUAUGAGCCCGAAAUUCAACAAAAAAUAUAUGACGAAGUUUCAAAAGCUAUAGGCGAAGAUGGAAAAUUUGAUGUAUCGAAGCUCAUGGAAUUAACUUACCUAAAUGCAGUUGUCAAGGAGACACUGCGGCUCUACUCCCCAAUGGGAUGGCUCGAUAGAGUAGCGUCACAAGACUACCAAAUUGAUGAAAAUUUAACAAUAAAGAAGGGCACACCAGUCUAUGUAAACGCUGUCGGCAUGCAAUAUGACCCCGACUACUUUCCAGAACCAUUAAAAUACGACCCAGAAAGGUUUAUGCCAGGAAAUGAGCAAAAUAUUACACCAUUUACAUAUUUACCAUUUGGCGAAGGACCCAGAAUAUGUAUAGGAAUGAGAUUCGGUUUGAUAUCCGUUCGUCACGCAAUAUCGAAUUUGAUAACGAAAUACAAAUUCGAGCCAAUACCAGGAGCGCCGAAGCCUACAGAAGUGGAAUUUGAGAAGAAAGGUCUAUUUUUGGUCCCUGGACAACAUAUGGCCAUUAAUUUUAUACCUAGAGAAGUAACAUUUUAA